CACCUCCAUCCUCCUAUCAAUUUCGUCCGUUGCCUUUGUGCUCCCACCACAAUCAAAGCUUCCAUUUUUUGCAGUAGCCAUAAACGGAAGUGACACUCCAGCUGCUGCCAAUCCCAUGGAUGAGCUCGUCUCCUCCAGCAGCUCUCCCUCCACCGCCCCCAUCUUCUCCCCCGCCGGCAACCUCCUGGAGCUCGACUUCGUGUCCUGCGACGUCCCGGACCAAUGGAUGGGGGGCCAAGACUGGCUUGACGAGCCCCUGGACCUGGAUGGCGCCGCGUGGGCCGACGAGGCGGGCUCGGGCGGCUCCGCGUCGGCGGGCAACGCCGACGUGUCCGGCGAGCCGCCGCCCGCGCCGAAGCGGCAGCGCGGCCGGAAGCCCGGGCCCCGGACCAACGGCCCCGUCAUCAGCCACGUGGAGGCCGAGCGGCAGCGGCGGGACAAGCUGAACCGCCGCUUCUGCGAGCUCCGGGCCGCCGUGCCCACCGUGUCCCGGAUGGACAAGGCGUCCCUCCUCGCCGACGCCGCCGCCUACAUCGCCGAGCUGCGCGACCGCGUGGAGCAGCUCGAGGCCGAGGCGAAGCAGGCCUCCGCUGCCACCACGGUGGCGGCGGCCGCCCAUCCGUUCGCCGGCGGCGGCCUCGAGGAGAAUCUGGAGGUGCGGAUGCUCGGGCGGGAGGCGGCGGCGCUGCGCCUGACGUCGGCGGCGCGCCACGCCCCCGCGCGCCUCAUGCUCGCGCUCCGGUCGCUGGACCUGGCCGUGCAGCACGCGUGCGUGUGCCGCGUGGGCAGCACCACCGUGCAGGACGCCGUCGUCGACGUGCCCGCCACGCUGCGGGACGAGCGCGGCCUCCGCGCCGCGCUGCUCCACAAGCUGCAGCGGAGCGUCUAAGCUAGCCCCGUUGCCGAAACGAAGGUUUGAGCUCAUCUGCUCCGUCGCCAGAUCAAGCUCGCUGCACGUACUCCUCGUGUUUCGUGGCCGGCCGCCGGCGUGGACAUACACAUACUCCGGCGGCGAAUCAAGACGGCUACAUGUCAUCCCUUGCCUGUUUCUUCGAUUCUCUUUACUACUGAUGUCAUUGGCGUCCAUGUUUGCACAUACAUAGUGCUGGUUUUUUGUUCCUGGACAUGGUUCUUCGCUUCUUUUGAGGAUGGCAGCAUACUAGUCACUAUUGUUUAUGUAGUGUGAAGUGUUGUUCCAAUUCCUCAGCAUAUCCAUGUACAUGUCAAUCAUUAAUAUGAAUUCUCAAUGGCAACAUAUGCUGCAAAGGGGUGCGGUUCUGAUUUGUUUCAUUAGAUAUAUAUGUGAAUUUUACAAGUCUGAGAUUUGUUCACGCUUGUAGUGGAUUUAAAUUUGAAAAGAGAAUCACAAUGUUAUACAUAUGUGUAGGCCUUUUUGCACAGGAUUCA